AUGUUCUGCUGCAUCAACACUCCUGUCCAAUAUCGCGGUCUCCGCUCUGUCACGUGGCACGUGCAAAAAGAAGUCUUCGUGGCGAUUGCAAUGUGGUUUUUGCCCCAGAACGGGAUGCCCACAGCGGACGGCGGCUUCCUCCAGGUCAUGAUGGCAACGCGAGGAGACACCGAGAUGGACAGGCUCGUACUUAGAGAAGGUGCUGUAGCGGUAGAUGAAAUUCCGAAAGACUUGGGGAACUUGAAGGUUCGCUAUGAUGAGCUCAUGAGCCAAGAGAAAAGGAUGGAGUUUGGGACGGUUGAUGAGACGCUGGCCUUGAAGAAUUGA